AUGGUUUAUGUGAUGAAGCAUCCAGUACCAAGCCAUGUUUCGGAACUGGGUGGAGCUGUACGAGGUGGAGCUGGGGAAGGCAAAGUUCAAUAUGGAGGUAUACAGUACGUGCCUACUGCCUUAGAACCACUAAAACGUUACCAUCAUUCGUUCGGCGUUCGGCGCUCUCGUCGACGAUCUCGUUCAUCUCCCGUGCGUAUGCGAUGCAAAACAAACAAGGACGCAGAAAAAAUUGGCGACGAGAGUCCGUUACGCAGGCGCAGUCCCUCAGCCUCACCUUGCAGUCGCCAGGGGGCGGAAGCUACGCUGCAAGACUUUUGGAGUCCGUUAUCAUCCCCACGACCACUGGUAAUGCCACCACCUCUCAGUCUUGCAUUCACCACUACGCUUUCCUAUUUCUCGUCCGCCCCACCGACUCAGCCCGUGUCGCUGGUUGCAUUACCACCCACUCGUCAAGCUGCCUGCCGCUCGCGCUCUAAGGAACAUUCCGCCCGCCCUACGAAAAGGCCCUCGCGCUCUGCUCGUCGUGCAGCUAGAUACGUGUUGCGAACGUUAAUGAAAUCACUAGCAUUACAUUCAGCGCACGUCUCACUUUCGCAUGUCAAACUUAAAGACGACGUUCCGGAUGCUGAUGUUGGUGCAGAAAGCGCUCAAGGCAAAAACAAUGAAGUGAGCCAGAAACUUGAAGAUAAAGAAGCAUUGUCUGAUGUAGGUAAUAAAAAACAGUCGUCAGAUAAAGAAGAAAAGAACGUCUGCGCGCGAUGCAGUAGGUGUGCAGGUGAGCUGAAUGCCACACAAUUGCGGCUGUUGCUGCGGCACCUCCGCCAGCUAGCACAUAUCGACCGGCUGCAUAGAGCUCUACGUCGGGCAGCACGAUAA